AUGUGGGCGGAGCAGCUGGAGCCCAAGGGGUCGUCACCCCGGGAGCUGGGGUGUAAGGGCCCCGGCAUCCACCCGCGGCUCUGGGACAGAGCGGAGUGCCACCUGCCUCUGAGGAGCCACGGGCACAGCCUCAGGGGUGCUGCGGGCUUGAGCGCCUGCCAGCUGAGCCCCAAGCCCGCGCCCCAUCAGUGCCACAGCCCCACUGCGCCAGCCCCCUGUGGUGCGGCCGCCACAGGCCGUGGAGCCAGAGGCAACGCUGGGACCACCAGAUCCACGCGGCGUCAUGUCUGGAGGUCGCGGGGCAGGCGCAGAGCCUGGCCUGUCUCUCACUCCCCUCCCUGGUCCCCCAGGCUCCUCCUGAUCACCAUCCUGGGGGCUGUGUUUCUGCUGGAGGCGGGCUCAGCACGGAUCCCCCAGGUCCUCGUCCAGACCAAAGGCAAAGUCGGGGCUGAGCAGGGCACAGAGGAGGCCUGGGGCGCCCGCGCGGUGGAGCCUCCGGGGAAGGACAGCCAGCUCAUGUGGCUGUUCGUGGCACCAAAGCUCUUGGCCACCACCGGGGAGAAGCGGCAAGGUGCCGAGGCCCUGGCAGAGACCAAGGACAUCCUGGGCCAUGUCCCAAGCCCCAGGUGGGGCCCUGAGCCUGACCAUGACGGCCUGUACCACAACUGGCCCGAGGAGGCCCAGGGGGAGGCAAGGCCCUGGGCUCAGGUGCUGCCACCUCAGCAGGUGCUUCAAGGGCCAGAGGAGGACCGAGACCACAUCUACCACCCCAAGGAGGACUCCUGGGAGCCUUGA